AUGGGUUCUCAAGAACCGAGAACCCUGGUUAACCCCCAGAACCAGCUCUUUUACGGCACCUUCAUCUACCCCAAGACCCUAACCGAGCUCGAAUACCUGUACAACACCGCCGUCGCCGUUGACCAAAAUGGCACCAUUGUUGCCAUCGAGCGUGACUGUGACCUCCCCAAAGCCACCAACACUCUUCUCCCACGCCUCGGCUGGUCCCCGGACAGCGUCACCAUAAAUACCUCCUCAGCUUCCCAUAACCAGUUCUUCUUCCCCGGUUUCAUAGACACACACCUGCACGCCCCGCAAUACCCCAACGUGGGCAUCUUCGGCAAGUCCACCCUCCUCGACUGGCUCGAGACCUACACAUUCCCGCUCGAGGCCUCGCUCUCGGACCCGGCCAAGGCCCAGACCGUCUACAACCGCGUCAUCCGCAAGACCCUGAGCCACGGCACCACGUGCGCCGCCUACUAUGCCACCAAAGACGUCACCACCACCAAUCUACUCGCCGAUUUGUGUUUGCGCGCCGGCCAGCGCGCCCUCGUCGGCCGCGUGUGCAUGGACCAGCUCUCACCCGACUACUACCGCGACGCCUCGGCCGCCGACUCCGUAGCCGCCACCCGCGAAUCCAUCGCCUACGUCCAGUCCAUCGAUCCGACCGGCGCCAUCGUGCGACCCGUGAUCACCCCGCGCUUUGCGCCCUCGUGCUCCGCGCCCCUGAUGGCCGACCUCGGCAAGCUAGCCGCCGAAACAGGUCUCCCCGUCCAAACGCACAUAUCUGAAAACGAAGGCGAGAUCGACUUGGUCAGAGAACUAUUUCCCGCCAAAGAAAUUGGGGCAAAGGGGGAUACCUACACGCACGUGUACGACACCUUCGGGCUGCUGACGGACAAAACCAUCCUGGCGCACGGCGUGCACCUUUCGGAAGAGGAGGUGGAGAUCAUCAAAGCCAGGGGAAGCAAGGUCAGUCACUGCCCGUGCAGCAACAGCGCGAUCACGAGCGGCGCGGCGCGGGUGCGGUGGUUGCUGGAGCGCGGUAUCGAGGUCGGGCUAGGCACGGAUAUGAGCGGCGGGUAUAGUCCGUCGGUGCUGGAGGCGGCGAGGCAGGCGGCGCUGGUGAGCCGGCAUGUGGCUAUGACGUGCUCACCGAAGAAGGGAAGCAAGGCGAACAAGAACGGGAUAGAUAGGGAGAGGGCCAAGUUGACGGUGGAGGAGGUGCUGUAUUUGGCUACCAAGGGAGGAGCGAAGCUGGUGGGGAUGAAGGGUAAGGUGGGUGGGUUUGAGGUGGGCAUGGAAUGGGAUGCGCAGUUAAUUGGGCUGGGAAGAGACGUCGCUGAUGGGGAGUAUGAGAUUGAGGGUAAGGGUGAGGAGAAAGAGGAGGAGGAAGGGAACGUGGAUGUGUUUGGGUGGGAGAGCUGGCCGGAUAGGGUGGCCAAGUGGCUGUAUAAUGGUGAUGACAGGAACACGAGGAAGGUCUGGGUUAAGGGGAGGUUGGUGCAUCAGAGGAAGUAG